AUGGAGCCUCGCGCCCGCGCCGCCAAAAAUGUUGGCAAAAUGAACUUCAGCCACAACGAGCUGGCUCAACUACUAUACGCCCACGGCGACGUAAGGAAUCCGCUCCCCGAAACGAUUCGCGUGCUCGACGAGAUCGUAACCGAGUUCAUCCAAGGCAUGGCCUUCGAGGCGACGCGCGCAGCCAACUACGCGGGAAGGCAGAAGGUCAAAUACGAGGACUUUGAAUUCGCGUUCCGCAAGAACGACGCCUUUCUCGGAAAGGUCCAGGAGGUCUUUGAGAAGAAGGGCGAGAUCGAGUCGGCCAAGAAGAUUUUCACAAAGGACGACGAGGCGGUGCUCAUGAAGGACGCCGCGGACCAGGAGCACGGCAAGAAGGAUAAGGCUGCCAACGGCACGGGCGAGGCUUCGAGUGCGGCGGACGCGGCGGUGAAGCAAGAGGAGGAGCUGGGCGAGGCCGACGACGACGCUGAUGCCGAAAGUGAGGUCGCGGGACGACCGUCGAAAAGGGUCAGAUUGGACGGGGACGGGAAGUGA